AUGGAGUAUGCUUCUCUGCCCAUAUCUCUCUCCCUCUCUCCAUCGACACCAAAGCUCUUUAGGCUACUUUGCGCAUGUACGGCCAGUCACACCGAGCAUUGCAUCGACUACAAGAUGGCGAAAGCACGUCUGGCUUGCCUCCUGACUCUCCUCUCAACUCACUGCUACUUAAGUGUGUUAGCAGUGGUGCUGAGAACCAGUAACGACUCACCGUGGACUGAUGAGUUUGACAAAAUUGAGUUAUCAUGUUUGAUUGAGUCCAUUUCUACAACCAAUCCCAGAAUUGAAUGGAAGAAGAUAACAAGCGAAGGACCAAGCUAUGUGUACUUUGACAAGAAGAUCUCAGGUGACCUGGAGAACAGAGCGGUGAUCAGAGAACCUGCCACGUUACUGAUAACCAACGCCACCAGAUCGGACACAGCGAAAUAUCGCUGUGAGGUCACGGCCGCUGAUGACCAGAAGUCAUUUGAUGAGAUUGUGAUUGACCUUGUUGUAAGAGUAAAGCCGGUGGUGCCAAAAUGCAGUGUCCCGAAGUCGGUGCCUUUUGGGAAGUCAGCUGAGCUGACGUGUGUGGAGGAGGAGGGCUUCCCCAAGUCCCAGUACCAGUGGUUCAAGAACAGGGAGGAGAUUCCCGACGACCCCAAGACCAGCCUCAAGUUCUUCAACUCCUCAUACAUGCUCAACGCAGACACAGGAACUCUGAAGUUCAUCGCCGUCAGAAAAGAAGAUGCAGGGGAGUAUUUCUGCAGAGCGAGGAACGAUGCAGGAUACUCCGAGUGUCCCCCACAGAAGAUGGAAGUGUAUGAUAUUGAUGUUGUGGGGAUUAUACUGGGAGUGCUGGUGGUGGUCGUAGUGCUCCUGUGUAUAACAGUGGGGAUCUGCUGUGCGUACAAGAGAGGCUACUUCUCCAGCCAAAAACAGACAGGGAACAAUUACAAAGUCCCAGCUAAAGGAGAUGGAGUGGACUACGUCAGGACGGAAGAUGAGGGGGAUUUUCGACACAAGUCGUCAUUUGUGAUCUGAGAAGGGAGAGGACGAUGAGGGCCAUUGUGUUGAGUGAAAGACAUGACAUGUGGGACUGCACUCCACGCUGUCUGACCACGGAGCUGCCACAGUUCAUGCUCUUAGCUCUCAGCAUGACUGAAAUCCAACUGCUCAAGUUUGCCAAAGGCGACAAGAUUUCACAGGACAACAACAACAACACGUAAAACUAUUACACACAUAGGGACUGAGGUGAAUUUGUCAACUUUAAUCACCACCAGCUGAAUUCUUUUGCUAAAUUAUGGAGUUCUUAAUUUACCGUUAUUGCAUGGUUUUAAACAGUAAUCGAGGUGGAGAAACGGAAACAUUUCUUUGUUCUGCCCGGUAGAAAAGAAGGAGUCUCUCUCUCCUCAAACGUCAGUCUAUCAUGACACAUUUCUACUGUAAACUUUUAGCUUCAAACCUUUUGUCAUUUGUAUAACCUUUCUUUUCUACUGUUGAAAUUUGUCAGACUAUUUUUGAUGGAAUAUAUUUUAAAAUGCCUAUAGAUAAAUGUUUACUUUUUUAAAUAUUUGUAAAAUACUAACAUGUUUUUUUUUUUUUUAUUAUUAUUAUUAUUAUUUGGUUGUGGAUUUAAAAGAAAAAUUAUGUAAUAGUUUAACCACUUUGCAUUAAGCUGUAAGCAUUUACACCUUUGCAAUCAGAAAAAAAAAAGACAAAUGAAACAUGACUUGUAUUAGCAUAUCAAGAUGUAGUUCUUGAUCGGCGGUCUUACAUAUUUAAUUUCUCUGCUGGCAAUGCCCAGGUUUUUGUUGCGAGAGACUUCCAUGUUAAUGUUUGUAGAUAGUCUUAGUAAGAGGCUUUGAAGAGUGCCAGUCAAAUGCUGUGAAACACUGUCCACAAUCAGUGCUGCGUUUUCUUCAUUUUAAGUGUCCUUCUAUGCUUGCUGUUAAUCUUGUAUAUAUUGAACUUACUGUCCAGGAUAGAGUUUUGCUGUCAUACAUAUAUUCAGUAUUACACUAUAAUAAUAACAAUAAUGAUAAUGAUAAUGAUAUAAUACAGGGUUUGUAAGUUAACCUUCCAGCCCCCCCCCCCCCCCAAAAAAAAAAAAAAAACUAGAGAAAAUAUGUGACAAGUUUUACUUUGAAAAACUAGAUAUGGUACUAUCAAAUUCAACAGAGUAAAAGCCUGAAUUUGAAUUCUGAAUGGAAACAAAUUGGAUGACGUGAAACACAGAGCACAGACCUUUCUGUUACUGCGAGUGACAUUAAAAGCCUGUUAUCAGGACCAGGUUAUUUAAACUACUGACUCACCUAUUUUUAAGCUGUAAUUACUAAAGGUACCACCAACAUCAGAGGAAAGGCUCUACAGCAGAUACACAUCAUCAUGGACCCUGGUUGAUACCUGCUGAUGUUUUCACUAAAACUUAAUUAGAGUAGAUCUCGUCUAACAUUUCUAACCUUUAGCAGUGACUAAAUGUUUUAGUUGGAAAGAAGAGUGAUUUUAGGUUUGACUGAAGCUCAUAUAGUUCUCAUCUCUCUCAGCGAAGCUGAAGGCAAACAGGACUGACCCUGCACUUCAGUGUUUCAGUGACAUACAGCUGGAGGGUCUGGAGGGUUAACAGUUGUAUUGAUUGUAUAUAGAUUUUUCUCUCUCUCUCUCUCAAGAUUAUGUAAAGUGGUGAAAAAUGUAAAAAAAAAAAAAAAAAAAUCCUAUAUGAGGCGACAUGAAACUCUAAGGCUGAGAAAAGGUAACAUUUUAUCAUAUCAUUCAGAACAUAUGAAGAUGAGCGUCUGAACAGCAGCAUGGUAAU